AUGGUGGACAAUGCCGUGAUGAACGAAGUUUGCGGGUUCACUUUCUCCGGUACACGAAGCAAGGCCCUCGACUUCGACGCUAGGAAGAGUUGGGCCGAACUCUCCCCACAUACAACUUGGGAUUCCACCGGCAUGUCAAACGGGCUUAUCGAAGACCUGGCCACUGCCGUUGUGCAUCGGUUCAUCUGCUACAACAUUACCGGCAAAAAGGAGGCUAAUAAAGUCAGUGAGGUCGAACUUUUUCUCCUAUGGGCGAUGCGAGCGGGAGUGCGGUCGAGACUAGUCCAAACCUCCGGGUUAGACGACUACUUGUUUUGUGCAUCCCUUGUGGUGGGAAAGUGGUCGAAGAAAAAAUCCACUUAUUUUUUGUACGCCGCGCUACAAGGUGGGAAAGUGGUUGCUUGUUUUCGGUUACCGAACUCAACUGAAGUUUGGUCUUUUCCCUUGGAUUUUUUGUUGGAUCUUCCAAGAGAUCCUUACAUUUUGGCCUUUGCGCCUAUUUAUACACGAAGCCACCAGGGCACGGCGGAUGUGAUACGAUUUCAUGAAAACUCUCGUCUAUUAAACAAAGCGGUAGCCUUAUUCGCUUCAUGGGACACAUGCCUCGUGGCUAUUUGUAAUGUCAAUUGUGGGUCCAUAUGCGUCCCCUCAACUUUAUACGCCUGUUGCACUACUCCCUACAUGGCGUCUCCCUAUUGGUUUGUUUCAAACGUGAUGCCAUUUUAUUGGCAGUCCCAAAGCCUAUAUAGCGGAUGUCUCUCACUUUUAAAUUCACUCUGCAUAUCUUCAUCAACUGAAUCCAUCGAUCCCAAGCGAGUAAACGAAGUCCUCGCUGGUAACACUGAUGGACAAAUGAGGGCUGAUUUAGACGUCGAACAAGCUACCAGUUGCCCAGACGGCUAUUGGCGACGACCUCCUUAUAGGUGGUUGUUGACCACCCUCUUUGGGCUUAGAACGAUUCUGAGUUUAGUCUCCAAUGGUGACAUCGUUUCCAAUCGUGUCGCUUGGCAUAUUCCGAACAGUGUUAAACUGUUACCGAACUCAACUGAAGUUUGGUCUUUUCCCUUGGAUUUUUUGUUGGAUCUUCCAAGAGAUCCUUACAUUUUGGCCUUUGCGCCUAUUUAUACACGAAGCCACCAGGGCAUGGCGAAUGUAAUACGAUUUCAUGAAAACUCUCGUCUAUUAAACAAAGCGGUAGCCUUAUUCGCUUCAUGGGACACAUGCCUCGUGGCUAUUUGUAAUGUCAAUUGUGGGGCCAUAUGCGUCCCCUCAACUUUAUACGCCUGUUGCACUACUCCCUACAUGGCGUCUCCCUAUUGGUUUGUUUCAAACGUGGUGCCAUUUUAUUGGCAGUCCCAAAGCCUAUAUAGUGGAAGUCUCUCCCUUUUAAAUUCACUAUGCAUAUCUUCAUCAACUGAAUCCAUCGAUCCAAAGCGAGUAAACGAAGUCCUCGCUGGUAACACUGAUGGACAAAUGAGGACGUCGAACAAGCUACCAGUUGCCCAGACGGCUAUUGGCGACGACCUCCUUAUAGACGCAAAGGCACUUCAAGCGCUUGAUGACAUGGCGACAACUUUCGUCUGGCGUGUCCAGAGAGAGAAAGUGAGCAUGUCUUUGUGCAGCCAGAGGUACUACUCGACGAAUUCACGACUAGAUGUGGGUGAACUUGAUGAGUUUGAGUUUAAGUUUGCCAUAGUCGAGUCGCCACCGGUCGCCGCCGCCGGCGGCCUUCCCCCGGGCCACCGGGCUCACCAACCGACCGUUUUCAUGGCGCAACCCCACCCCUCACCACCUUCAACUUCCCAGCCCCUCAACCAAACCCCGUCCAUUUUCUCCCAUCCUCAGUCAAUUCCACCUCAAGAUUUUUCCAAGCUAUUUUUGCUUCAAGAUUUUCAGCAAAUAGUGAAGGAAUAUCUGCGUAGAAACCCUCUGUUAGAAGAAGGCAAGAUGACAGUCUUUGAAGCUCCCGUCGCCGAUAUAUCAGACACCACUAUAAAUCCCGCCGCCGGUAUCUCAGAUCGCGGUUCUCCCGUCACCAAGGACCCUCUGGCGGUCUCAGUCGCCGGCGAUUCUUCAACCGCCAUCAAGGACCCGCCGCUCAUUCUCGAGACUCUGUCAACCACCUUUUAUGGCCCAUCCCCCUUCUCUCUUUCCCGGGCCCGCAGCCCACAAGCACCUCUCAACCUUCCCAGGCCACACUCCAGGCCCAUUUGA